UUGCGCUGUGAAUAAAGUAUCCGUAUUUUCAUCUUGGUUCGUCCCGAUCAUUUCUUGCAAGAAUCCCAAGAACAAGACACUUACCAAUCCACCUGGAACAAUAAAAAGGUCCGAUUACAGGUUCAGCCAAUCCGCAGCGUGUACCUGCAGCUCUGCAGCAACAAGAGUCCAGUUAACGCACCCACCGGGAGGGAGAAGACGCAGGCGCUGGCGCUGGAGGAGGAGGAUCCCGAACCAGACACAGAACCGCAGGCCCGCUCACACCCCGCCAGGCAGCCAGCAGGACUCACCCGCACACGGCCAUGCCGCUGAAGAACAGCCUCGGCGUGGAGAGGCGCGUCGAUCUGGCCUCACUCUUCUGCAUGAUCGGCAGACACGGUCCCGCGGUGGCGCUGGCCAUCAUCGCCAUGGUGUCGGUGCUGGCUGGGUUCGUCAUCUACCGAAAUGUGAGGGGGAAGAGGAGGAAGGCCGAGGUCGACGCCAGUGAAGGCAGAAGCCGAGGCGAACCGGGAGAUGAGUCGGUGAGGAGCCCGGAGAGGGAGAGAAGAUCCGCGCCGCUAACAGAUGAAAGCGAUGAAGACCCUUCAGAUGUGCCGAGGAAAGCUCACCUCAUUCGAAGUGAUUUCACAGCGAGAAAGCGUCACGUGGAGAAGACGCAGCCGUCUUAUUCUCCUCCUGGGAAUGAUGUCGUCAAACAAGCUGCCAAGGAAGUCCAGACCCGCGACUCGAGUGAAUGUGUGAGGAGCUUCAUUAGAGAAGGAGACAGGCAAGCUGAGAGUGUGCAGCAUGAAAAUUACAAAGUGCCUGAGGGGGAAAUGGAAGAAGUGGCUGGCGGGUGGACGGCUUGGUGGACAUCAGGAAGUCAGGCGUAUGAGUGUGGGGUGAAGGAGAUGCAGCUCUUCGUUGAUGAACGCGGCUCAGAGAAGCAGAUUCAGACGGAGGAGGAUGCUACUCAAGGCCCUGACAUAUCGGACGACAAAGUCGACCUACAAGAAGAAAACGAAUUCAAGCUUGUGUGUGACAAACCUACAUGCACGGAUCAAUCGAGAGAAGAUGUUGAUCACACGGUGAGGUCGGAGCUACUGCGAGAAGAGCUGGUUGUCUCCUGCAAAGUUGACUGCGAUGAAGACUCUAAGGAGGCGAGUAACAGCCAGAAGAGCGUUUGUUAUGAUCAGUAUAAUGGUUGCACUCACAUUGAAGAAGAGAGAAGUAAUCCAGUGAAUGCAGAAGAGAAGUCCACCAGUGGCUCUCAAGUCAAUGCUGUUGAGCUACAGAGUAGAUCUGUCGAGCGAGACGAGAGUGAGUCGCUGUUACCUCAGGAUCAAUGUAUUCAAGAAGCUUCACUUGAGGGCGGCGACUGGAGAGGAAGAGCAGAGACGCGGAAUGUAUAUUCAGACAAGCAAGAUGACUGCAGGAAUGGCGAACACGUUGGUUCAUUCGUUCAAGAUCAGCCUUGUAUUGCCUUGGAUCAAACCUCAUCGGGAGCUUGUAUCUCUGAUGUUCAUCCAGGACGUGGACAGCUGGUUGAAGACAAUGAGAAUGCUGACCUUCAAAGAGCAUCUGACGGAACAGAAGAUGAGCCUGUUAAUGGUUUAACAAUGUCCGACGAGGAACAUGAUGCCCAUGUUACGGUUCCGUCUUGUGAUCUUAAUCCUGAGCCAGCAGAAGAAAUGUUGAACUGUGAGGCCGUGGUUCCUCUCGGAUCGAUUGCGUACGCCACUGUAUCUAAGGUUGAAGAAGAAACGAUUGCUCACCACUCAUUGGCUGCAAAUGGACAAAUUCCCACCAUUGUUCUACAUGAAGUAGGUGAAGAUUCACCAAAGACCCAUUUUGUUGGUCACUCACCAGAGACUGCUAACAUCCCACUUGAAAAGGCCGACUGUGAAAACUCUUCCCCCCAAAGUUCAUCAGAUUCAAAGGUUAAUGAGCCAAAAAGCACGGAUGAUUCCACAGCAGUGCUGGAACCUGAUUUAGAUCUAAAGAGUGAGCCGUCGGUUGGAGCGUUUGAACAGCCUCUCCCGACAGCCAUCUUCCCAGACCAACCAAACACUGACUUGAAAAGGGAAAGCAACGCAGAUGAGGUGGCUGGUGGUGACAGGUGUGUCACGACAUCUGACAUAGAAGACAAUGGUGCAUCAGUGUUGGAUGGGAAUGACUGCGACGCACAUUGCACUGCUGUUGAAGAAGCAUCUGGAUCAUUGCAAUGCGAAUGUCAGGACCAACAAGACGAUGACAUGGACUGUAAAACAUCUGAUGAAACCUGUGCCAACAGCGCACCUUCUCAAACACCUGAGGAGCGUUCAAGUGCUGUUUUCACAUCUUACUCACUCACAAGUCACACAGAGUUCAGUGAAGAGUUUGCGACCGUUGUCACAGCUGAAUUUUCUGCCAUGACUGUUAACGUUGCGCUUCCAUCUAUUACUCCUUGUGACACGUUCAGUAAUGACGAGGGACUUGACCCAACUGUUUCCGUAAUUUCCGAAACACAGGUGACUGAAAUUGGCUGCACGGAGCUUCAAGUGAUGGAUUGUGAGCCUCAGACCCAAACCACCCUCUAUGCAGAUGAUGUAGCUGUCUAUGUGGCCAAGGUGGAAGCCAAACUUGAAUCGUAUGCUGUCAAUGAAGACAGCUUUGGACACGAGAUCGAAGACAGCUACCACGAGUUGGUGGAAAAGUUGAUGGAGCAUAUCACUAGCACCGUUGCUACCUUAACUGAUGAGUUAGCAGACACUAGUGCUGUUGUAGACCUGGAUGAAAAGAAGGAAGGAGGAAGUAGUGAAAAGAAAGACACCAGCAAAGAGAAGAAUGAAGAAGAGGUUCGUGAAAAGACUGAAAUAAGCAUCAUGGAAGCAACAAUGGAUCAUAAUGAGUGGAUCACUGAUGGGAGCUACCAAACACUUCCCUGGAUGAACCUUCCAUUUCAGACCAAAACUGACCAGCGUCCAACUGUGGAGCACCCGCCACAUUCUCUCACAGAUAGCAAGUCGAUGGAUAUAGAUAUGAUGUUGCCCUCUGAUGCAAAGCAAACCAGCAGUCCAGGGCUUGUGGAUGAAAACGCGGACAACGGCAAAAAGAUCGUGGCAGUCCAGCCCAUGCCUCAGAACGUCAACAUCACCUUCCGUGUUCACUACGUCACCCACUCUCCGCAUCACACGGUGGCGAUCACCGGAAACCAGCAGGAACUCGGAAACUGGGAAGGGUUUAUCCCGCUGGAGAAGGCGAAAGACGGACACUGGAUGAUCGUGCUCAGCCUCCCUGCCGAAAGCCUCGUGGAGUGGAAGUUUGUGGUGGUGGAGGAAGGUGCGGUGCGUCGAUGGGAGGAGUGUGGCAACCGCCUGCUUGAUACCGGCUGUGGGGAUGAUAUACUGGUGCACAAAUGUUGGGGGUUCUUGUGAGGACGAUCGAUUGAAAGUCGGUUUUGGCAUCGGUACUUUCUUUGUCUGGACAAAUGCGCACAAACAUAUGAAAAAAUUGGGAACCUUGAACGUAUAUUUUGAAUUAAUUUCAUGUCAAAGAAUUAUUUUGCUGUUGUUCAGUACAGUCCUUGACAAUGUAAAACACAAACACGGAUUAUUCACAGUCACUUCAUGGGUGUCAGUGGUGAUUUCGGAUGCUUUGUCUAAACAUGAAAUAUUUGUUUACGGCUUUGGUCCAGAGUGUCAAUAAUGAUGAAAUGAUUUUAGUUGGAUUUAUGUAGUUUUAGUGCACCACUUAUGGUCACCCUGCACAUUGUGACUUUUAUUCAGGCUAAUUCACUGAAAAUUUCCAAAUGUGUUUCUACUUAAACACCAGUCAUCAAAUGAGUUUCACGGGUUUUUCUGACGUAUCUUUGCUUUCCAUUAAUGUCAUAAAUGGCGCACUGUUUUCCUAACUGAUUGUGGGCUUUAAUCUGACGGUUAAAUUGACGUUUAAGUUGGACAGGCUAAUCGUGUAAAUCGUCCUUCUUACCAGGGUCUGUAAAUAUGGCGCUUCUUCUCAAUGCAGCUUUUGAACUGAAUGUAAUAUCUAACACGGUCAGAGAUGAAGACACGAUUGUGCACGGUUCACUUUUUCAUCAGCAAUAAACCCAGCAAUAUUGUGCCAGUCGUCGGGUUUUCUAAUUCUGAUGUUGGUCUUUCGCUGCUCGUAUCCUGCGGGACUCUACUGCAUGCAAUAUUGUCAUGACGCUGUAUCGCUGUGCCUUUUAAAGGGCAUCGCAUCCACUGCUCAGAAAUAAUUAUUUUAUUAAGCGUUGUACAAUUAUAUUGAGUGUUGUGUUAUGCAACAUUGUGAUGGUCCAACUGCUCUUGAAUGUAAAUGGAAAUUGAAUAAAUGAAUAUGUUGUCUACUUCUCU